CCACGAACCGUGAGAUCAUGGCCUGAGCUGAAGUCGGACGCUUAACCGACUGAGCCACCCAGACUCCCCAUAGAUUGUUUUAGGUACUGGGAUCAUACAUAGUCUUAGCAGGAGAAGCCACGGUAGAAGAUGAAGUACUUCCUGGAGUUCAUCUAUGUGGGAAAUCUCCCUUUGCCAUUUACAUCCAACUCUGACACAUAAUAAUGAAGAUGUAAUAUGUGAUCAUAAUUAAAAAAUCUGUCGUUAUGAGACAAAAAUCAAGAAGCAGUAUAUAUGGUGGUUGAAAACAUAGGUUUUGAAGCUGGAUUGCCUGGGUUCAAAUCCUGAAUAGCUGUGUGACCUCGGGCAAGUUACUCAGUCUCUCUGAUGCCUCACUUUCCUUGUGUAUAACAUGGGGAUAACAAUAGUGCUUACAAAUUUAUUGCCACGAUUAAAUGACUAGCAGGUAAGGUAUUUACAACAGUAUAUAAAUAUUACUAGUUAUUAGUAGUAAUAGUAGUAUUUGCAAUUUGAUUUUUUUUUUCCUCUGAGAAAGAUUGGAUUGGUCUUUUUAUAGAUUAUAUACUCUGUGUAAUUAAUUGUAGCAUCCCAGGCCUAUAAGUGCAUGAAGACUCUCAGAGCAGAAUUUUCACUGGGAUAAAAAUGUCUAUCUUUCAGAGAACUUCGGUGCUUUGCUCUAGAGCUGUCUGGUUUUACCUACUCCUUCCUGGGACACAGCUGACUUGGAGAGUGUUAUGUGCCAAGAACCUUGCAAAGAAAGAUUUCUUCAGACUCCCCGACCCCUUUGCAAAGAUUGUGGUGGAUGGAUCUGGGCAGUGCCACUCAACGGACACUGUGAAAAACACAUUGGACCCAAAAUGGAACCAGCACUAUGAUCUAUAUGUUGGGAAAACUGAUUCCAUAACCAUCAGCGUGUGGAACCACAAGAAGAUUCACAAGAAGCAGGGAGCUGGCUUUCUGGGCUGUGCGCGGCUGCUUUCCAACGCCAUCAGCAGAUUAAAAGAUACUGGAUACCAGCGUUUGGAUCUAUGCAAACUAACUCCCUCAGAUACUGAUGCAGUUCGUGGCCAAAUAGUGGUCAGUUUACAGACACGAGACAGAAUAGGCACUGGAGGGUCUGUGGUAGACUGCCGAGGACUGUUAGAGAAUGAAGGAACUGUGUAUGAAGACUCAGGACCUGGAAGGCCUCUCAGCUGCUUCAUGGAGGAGCCAGCCCCUUACACAGACAGUACUGGUGCUGCGGCUGGGGGAGGGGACUGCAGGUUUGUGGAAUCCCCAAGUCAAGAUCAAAGGCUCCAGGCACAGCGACUUCGAAAUCCUGAGGUCCGGGGGUCACUACAGACACCUCAGAACCGUCCCCACGGCCACCAGUCGCCAGAACUGCCCGAAGGCUAUGAGCAAAGGACAACGGUGCAGGGGCAAGUUUACUUUUUGCACACGCAGACCGGAGUUAGCACGUGGCACGACCCCAGGAUACCAAGUCCCUUGGGGACCAUUCCUGGGGGAGAUGAAGCUUUUCUAUGCGAUUUCCUUCUACAAGGCCAUACAUCUGAGCCCAGAGACCUUAACAGCGUGAACUGUGAUGAACUCGGACCACUGCCACCAGGCUGGGAAGUCAGAAGUACAGUCUCGGGGAGAAUAUAUUUUGUAGAUCAUAAUAACCGAACAACCCAGUUUACAGACCCAAGGUUACAUCACAUCAUGAAUCACCAGUGCCAACUAAAGGAGCCCAGCCAGCCGCUGCCAUUGCCCAGCGAGGGCUCGGUGGAGGAUGAGGAGCUUCCCGCCCAGAGAUACGAGAGGGAUUUAGUCCAGAAGCUGAAGGUCCUCAGACACGAGCUUUCGCUUCAGCAACCCCAAGCUGGUCAUUGCCGCAUCGAAGUGUCCAGAGAAGAAAUAUUUGAGGUACCGAUUUUAUCACUCAGCGAAUUGCAGGGCUUUUUCAGGAUUGAUGGCCAUAUAGAGAGACAGACUGGACUUCCUCCUGUGGAGUCUUAUCGCCAGAUCAUGAAGAUGCGGCCAAAGGAUCUGAAGAAGCGACUGAUGGUCAAGUUCCGGGGAGAAGAAGGUUUGGAUUAUGGCGGAGUGGCCAGGGAGUGGCUCUAUUUAUUGUGCCAUGAAAUGUUGAAUCCGUAUUAUGGGCUCUUCCAGUAUUCUACGGACAACAUUUACAUGUUGCAAAUCAACCCGGAUUCUUCGAUCAACCCCGACCAUCUGUCUUAUUUCCAUUUUGUGGGUCGGAUCAUGGGUCUCGCCGUAUUCCACGGACACUACAUAAACGGGGGCUUCACGGUUCCCUUCUAUAAGCAGCUACUGGGGAAACCCAUCCAGCUCUCUGAUUUGGAGUCGGUGGACCCAGAACUCCAUAAGAGCUUAGUGUGGAUUCUAGAGAAUGAUAUCACCCCUGUGCUAGACCACACUUUCUGUGUGGAACACAAUGCUUUCGGGAGGAUUCUUCAGCACGAACUGAAACCCAAUGGUCGCAACGUUCCUGUCACAGAGGACAACAAGAAAGAAUAUGUCCGGUUGUAUGUAAAUUGGAGGUUCAUGCGGGGGAUCGAAGCCCAGUUCUUGGCUCUUCAGAAGGGGUUUAAUGAACUCAUUCCUCAACACUUACUGAAGCCGUUUGACCAGAAGGAACUGGAGCUGAUCAUAGGCGGCCUGGAUAAGAUCGACGUGAGCGACUGGAAGUCCAACACUCGGCUGAAGCACUGUGUGGCCGACAGCAACAUCGUCCGCUGGUUCUGGCAGGCCGUGGAGACCUUCGAUGAGGAGAGGAGGGCCAGGCUGCUGCAGUUCGUGACCGGGUCCACUCGGGUCCCUCUCCAAGGCUUCAAGGCUUUGCAAGGUUCUACAGGCGCGGCAGGGCCCCGGCUCUUCACCAUCCACCUGAUCGACGCCAACACAGACAACCUUCCGAAGGCCCACACCUGCUUUAAUCGGAUCGACAUUCCACCUUACGAGUCGUACGAGAAGCUCUACGAGAAGCUGCUGACGGCCGUGGAGGAGACUUGCGGGUUUGCCGUGGAGUGAAGAGAGCAACCAAAGGCAACAGAUUCUAGCUCACGACCACCAGACCAAAAGCAAGCUUUCUGUGCGCCUCCUGCGAAGCUGGCUGAGGCCCGGGAACCCUAGAUGACCCGAGGGAAAGGGUUUUCUCCCCUCCUUUUCGUUGGGGGAGCGAGGGGGGUGGGGGGACUUUGGUUGGCGGCUCCCACCCAUAUUUUCCUCCUUUCUGACAGUGAUCCCCGCCCCGCCCCCCCCCCCCCCCUUCCAUCGCCCAUCCAAUAAAAUGCAGCCAGGUUUAGCAUUUGGCUUCGGUCACACAGGAUACCCUGCAGCGACUGUAACCCACAUGGUUGGUGAUAGGCUCACUGCCCUGUGGUGUUUAUAGGAGGAUCGACCCACAGGUUCUGGAACUGAGCUUGGCUUACUGAGGGUUUGUAACCGGUAGCUCUUCUGUCUCCAGACAGUCCUGAGGUCCCUUUUCAAGUUCUGCAGCUCAAAUUCCAGUCACACCCUAGCAGCCUGCUCUGGGAAGCAGAUUAAUUUCUAACUGAAAAAUAACCAUAUUGUCCAUUGGAAUUCUGCCCCAGCAGGAAGCUUGCAUCCAAAAUGUGCUUCCCUUUUGGAAAAGUAAAGGAACUGGGGCAGCUUUUGCUGGAGGCCUGGGGUAGUUUUCAGGGGAUCCUGGCUGAAAAAACUUGUUUUGCAUAGAGAAAAAUGAUCUUCCUUUUAAGAGUCCCUUUUGCCACAUUAUCUAUCUAGCUUGAGAUAUUUUUCCAGUGAAAAUACCACAUAACAGAGCUUAUAAAAGAACACACCAAACCAGCCUCAGAUCCGUGCAGCCAGUCCCGGGCUGCGGCUCCCCCACCACCUGUAUGUCGAGGAGGGUCGGCUGGGUCACUUGAAUACUAACCAAGUGUUGUGCGGAAGUUGCUAAGAGCUGAACUAACAGAAUUCUGCUGUCGUAGCUGCUGGCUUGGUGCAAAGUAGCCUCACAGGGAGAGAGGGAACGGGCCACCCCACUGACUUCAAUCCACCCUGAGUGACGGUUUUACGAAGAGUAGGGCACGAACGCAAACCUGUCGGUGGAGGGGACCCUUCACCCUGGCUCGUUCUGCUCGUUUCCCGAGUGUCGGGUGGAGACGCGAACAAUCGCUACUACUCAGUUCGCUCGCCCAGACGUCCUCACGUGACGAGCAAGGCCAAAGCAAGCCUGGACCCUGAGUUUCCAACACCAUUUUCCAGUUUGCACAGAAGUUCAACAGUAUUCGAACAAGGUGGUUUGAUUUGCGAUGAACUUCCGUGAAGGGCAGCAGCCAAUCGUCCUGUUUGGUUUUUUGUUGUUGUUUUGUUUGGUGGGGGGGUGGGGGGGCAAAUGCGGGGUAAUUCAUCAGGAAGACAUUUCACUGUCGGAAGUUUGCCGUUGGUUUCGGAGUUAAGCGUUGGGAUCCAGCUGCGGGUCUGAGGUGGGUCUGGAAGGCUUUCGGGUGACUCUCUUUUUGUCACGGAUACCUCCGGAGCUAGGUGAGUUUGGAGGCGAGCUCACCCUUGUGGGUCUUGCCGUGUGGUUCUUCGGCUUGCCCCGAAGCAUUCUGUGGCUGCCGUGCGGGAGCUCGGGAACCCCUGGGAGAUAGACCCUCCCUCGGAGCAAGAAGUUCACCUGGUUCGGUGGGCCGUGGGCUAGCGGCUGUGGGUUCCAAGAGCUGUGAGAGAGCGCGCGUCUGGCCAUUUACGGAGGAGGUGCCAGGGUAGAGAGGAUGUCAAGUGUGACUGCUGCAGAGGAGAGAUUAAAUCCGUUCAGGAAGUCCAGGCCGUAUCAUGGGCUUGGACUGUCAGAAGUUCUGCCUUGCCCCGGUCAGGCUUACCCCGAGUCUCGCUCGUUUACCAUCGUCCUUCAGAGGGCGUUCUAGAAGCUGGCUCCCCCUGACUCUCUAGUCCUCCCUCUUAACCUUCCUCUGCGAGAGUAAGGAAAUGUCGGCUAUGGCCCUUCCCCCACAGAGGCCUCCUCUCGAAGGUGCACCUCAACCCCCCAGUGUGAGGAGGAGACCUCCACGGAGAGCUGAGGGCACAUCCAGACCGAGCGGGGGAACCACGGAUUGUUCCUGUGGUUUGGCCCAGAGCUGCAGGAAAGAGCGGGGAGACGAGGGUCUAGCGGGACUGUGGCCCGUGGCUCCUGUAGGACGAUCUUCCUGCUGUCGGGAGGAACAGUCCUUAGAACCCGUGCCUGCCAGCCCCAUGCUGCCCGCGGGUGUCAGGCGUGGGCCCAGCACGCGGGACCGGCCUGUAAGGCGGGGCUUUCCUCCCUCAUCAGUCGUCCUCGUCAGCUGUGCGUUACAGUGGGGCCUGAAAGAGCAGAACUUUCCAGAGCCCUGGUUUACUCUCACCAGACAGGCCCGUCAGUAGCAUUGCACUUCUAGAACCUUGGAUUAGGCCUUUUGAACCACGGAAAGAGCAGUGUGGCAGACAGUGGGGAAAAGCUCCCGAUGACUCCACUUUGGGUCCACGUGGACCCUGUUCCCACGAGCUCUCGUUUGUGGCCCUUGGUGAUCCCCGACACCCCCCGCCCCCGCCGUCCCCUUCCCACCCCUUGGCCCAGAUGCUUCAGGGGCCCGACUUGCAGGCUUGCCCUCACCAGCGGUCAUCAGCCGACCCUCAGGGAUGCAGCAAACCACCGCUCUGCCAGCGCUGUAGGAAGGAGAAACCAAGGGGCUGCUUGGGGGACACAGUCAGGGCAGCUCUCCCUGAGGGGAGACUCUGCCCGCCAGGAGUCCCGUGCUCCCCGAGCUUGCUCGGCCGCGUGGUCCCAAUUCAGGUGAGGGGGUCCUCCACCCUGAGCUGUCAGGAGUGGCCUUCCGCAGAGAACCCGCCCCAUCACCCCGGCCCUGUCCGCAGCCAGGCGCGUGCCGCACGGCAGCCUUCCCGAAACAUAGUAUGAAUUUUUAAAAUUUGUUUAUUUUUGUUUCUCAACCACUUUAUAAUGUAUUUUUUAAUUUAUUUUGUAAUGUCUUGUUUUUAAGUAUUGCUGCUAUCCUUGUUAUUCUUCCCACUGUUUUUAUUGCUGAUUUAUUUUGUGAAAAUUGUACACUAAUGUUCCGUUUUAUGUCAAAAUCAAAAGUAUUUAAAGAAAUACUAGUUCUAUUUAAUGUGGUUAUGGAACCAGCUGGAAACACAAAACAAACAGUGAUUGUACAGCAGGCUGGACCCAGGAGGUCAGGUUCAUUUUGUUACGUAUGCAAUAAACUCACGACUUUACAUUU